UCCAAGAGGAGUCUUGUUUUUUUUGAAUCUCUCUGAAAAAAUGGGGAUCAGAUUCAUAUUGAUGGUGAACAAACAAGGUCAAACUCGACUGGCUCAGUACUAUGAGUAUCUUACGAUUGAGCAAAGAAGAGCUCUUGAAGGUGAAAUUGUAAGAAAAUGUCUUGCUCGUACUGAACAACAGUGUUCGUUUGUUGAGCAUCGGAAUUACAAAGUUAUUUACAGGCGUUACGCAUCGCUGUUUUUCUUGGUUGGUGUAGACAAUGACGAGAAUGAGCUGGCUACUCUGGAAUUCAUUCAUUUGUUAGUUGAAACAAUGGACCGCCACUUCGGUAACGUGUGUGAGCUGGAUAUCAUGUUCCACCUAGAGAAGGCGCAUUUCAUGCUGGAGGAGAUGGUGAUAAAUGGGUGCAUUGUCGAGACAAACAAAUCGAACAUCCUUAUGCCAAUCCAGCUAAUGGAUAAAGCUUCUUAGUCAUUCCAAUUCCAGUGAAAUCAGUUUUGAGUUUUCAAGUUAGGUUUAUUACUUUACUGUUUCAUUUGUAUUAUUAAACUGUAGGGUGUAAUUUCUUUUUUUUUUUUUUUUUUUUUUCAUUGGCAGAUAUUUGUUUGCGAGAUGUUAUUCUUGCGGAUUUGCUGUGUUUUAUAGUGAUUGGUGUAACCGUGGAUAUUUAUUUUUUUCACUUGAAAGUAGAGAGCUUUGUUCCGAGAGCA